AUGCUUCUUGCGGUCAAGCAUCAAGCUGCUGGACGUUCUGAAAUGGCAUUGAAAUUAUUGAAACACGCAGCAGAGCUUGAUCCUAGUAACUCUGAUGUUCUUAACCUUCUGGGUGAGGCAUUUGAGAAACUGUGGGUCGUGUCGAAGGGGAAUAAAGUUGGGUCGGCUGUGCUAAAUUAUGAUGGGUUUAUUACCUCCAUUAGCUUCGAGCAGACAGAAAACAUCAUAACUGCAGAGUCAUUGUAUACAAAAGCGCUUAUCAAUAAUCCCAGUAACAUUCGCGCAACUAAUAAUAGGCAGAGAACUCUGCCGAUUGUGGAGAAAAUAGAUCGGCUACGUUUUCAGAACAUAGAUCUAAAAGUUAUGCGCUUUUAUCUUGUUCCGGAAUCUGACCCUGGUCUGAAGAAAGCGAAAAUUGAGCACUAUUUCCUGCAUAUUUAUCAUUCUAAUGCUCUUGAAGGGAACACGCUGACUUUGGCUCAGACCCGAGCUUUGUUAGAAACUCGUUUGGCUAUUGGGGGGAAAAGUCUGCAGGAGCAAAAUGAGGUUCUUGGCCUAGAUGCGGCAUUUAAGUACCUUAGCACUGCAUUACUUGGUGGUACUUCAGUUCCUAUAUCACUGUCUGAUAUAUUGGAACUGCACCGGAGAGUUUUGUCGUUUAUUGACUUAACGGAAGCAGGACGUCUGCGACGAACACAAGUUUUUGUAGGUGAUCAUGUACCUCCGCCAGCAAAUAUGUUACCCGAAUUAAUGCAAGAGCUUGUUGACUGGAUCAAUUCUGACGAGGCAGCAGCUCUGCAUCCUAUUGAAUUGGCCGCUUUGGCCCACUGGAAACUUGUAUACAUUCAUCCUUUUUACGAUGGUAACGGUCGAACAUCUCGACUUGUCAUGAACCUUCUUCUUAUGAGGGCCGGUUUUCCACCGGCAAUCGUGAGAGAAGAGGAUCGGAACGUCUACUAUGAAGCCUUGAAAACUGCCAAUCUGGGUGAUGUGAGGCCUUUUAUUCGGUUUAUUGCUGAAUGUACAGAAAGAGCUGUCGACGAUUAUCUCAAAGCAGCUUUUGGCACAGCUGCCUCUGAGGUUGAAAAAAAGGUGGUCAUACCCUCGAAUCGGCCUUCUUUGCAUCAGCUGGGUCCGCUCGUUCAAUACAUUCCGACCCUUCACUUGCCUUGGAUGCCAUAUGGACAGCCGGCGGAGCAGCCAAAUAGCAUGGACAACACGUAA